CUUUUUGUUGUAAGAUUUUUUUUUCAAAAAGAUCUUUUUAAAAGAAAUCAUUUAAGAAAUUACGAAAUAAAAGGAUAAACAAAAUAGUGAUGGUGAAUGCUGAGCAACUGAUCAAGUUGUUAGACUUUAAUUUACUCAACAAACAUUAUAAUAAUGCUGUUAAACUUUUGGAUGAAGAGCAAUACAGCCAAAUUAUCUUAUCUCAUUAUUCUGACGUGAUUCAAGAUGUGAUUUUAAAGCAUUUAACAUCUGAAAAUUACGCAAACGAACCAACGCUUUAUGGUAUUUGUGAGUCUAUCAUAAAAUUGUUGGCUGAGAAAUGUCAUCAACAAGGCAUAUUAUUUGAAUUCCUGGAAAUUAUCGAAACCGUGAAGGACGAUGACGUGUUUACGAGUAUUCUAAAAGGACUUCAAGUUAUCAUCCUUAAUCAAAGCGAACGGCAAUCCAGGGCUUUGGAAUAUUGUUUAAACUCAAUUGAAGAUUAUAUUUUGGAUCUUCCGAUACCGAGUAACUUGCUGAAGAAUAUCGAGGAGGAAGAAGGAAAAAUCUUAGAAAACGAUGAACAAGUUCGUCGAGUGCUUCUCAUGUACAUGAUUUUGGAAAAGUUUUACGAACCAAUUGUGAAACAAAUCGUGGAAAGCAAACCACUCGACAAAAUUUUCCGAUCGAGGAAAUUCAAUCGACACAAUGUUUUAUUUUGUUUCAUUUUGAGAUUGCUUGGAAAACCUUUGUCAUUCUUGGAUUUAUCACAUGAUGAGACAACCAAUAAAGUGAAAACUUAUUCACGUCAAGUCGCUGAAGAUUUGGUGAAUACUUUAUGCCAAUUACAUGUCGAUGUUUUUCAACUUUUAUCAUACGUUGAGACUCGAUGUCGAUGGCCAACGAAAGACAAAAUCGACGAUGAUCUUAAUGACAUUUUCCUUCAUCAUGAAAAGACGCCACUACUGCAAUUGGGAAUGCUUUUUUAUCUUAUAAUUGGCGAAGGCAUUCAAUCUCAUCAAUUUCCUAAGAUUUACAAUCCAACGUACAUCUUUCAGAUGGGAAUUUAUCUCGUUAAUGUGAUGAUAACUUCAGAUGAUGAACCAAUCGUAUUUAAAGGCUUAAAACUUGCUCAGAAAAUGAUUGACAACAUCACAAGCAAGUUAAACUCCGAUGAACUUGACAUUGAGAUUCAUCGAACAUUUUGCAACAGUCUUGUGAAGUUGUUGAUGUAUUCACCAUCGAAAAGAAAUCGUCAACGUGGGCUGCAAUUACUUCGAUGUUACAUUUUGAAAUUUGAUAUUGAAGGACGAUAUUUACUUAUCAAAAACAUUUUGAAAAUCUCCGAUCACAAAGGUUUGAUGGGAUAUCUUACAACAAUGUACAAAGACAUCAUUUUUGAAGAGAUAAACACAGGAAAACUUUCGGAAUAUACGAGUGGACAAUGUCUGAAGCAAAUUGUUCUUGAACACACGUGCAAGUUAAAUGGUGGCGUUCAAUGUGACAUUGCAGAUUCAUCAGAUCAAAUUCAUUCAUCGUUGAAUUUCUUACGAGCUAUUUUCAUUCGUGACAAGGAAAAUGUAACUGGAGUUAAGCAUUUAAUCGCAGAUCUUCAGAAUGGUUUCUUAUCUGAGCUUCGAUCAGCUUUAGAUCUUUCACGAGCUCAUUAUCAUGCUGAAAUUGAGAAUGUCAAAGCAGGGAAAUCUUCAGAUAUGAAUGAAAUUAUUCAAGGGACUGAAAUUCUCAACGAUGUGUCUGAGCCACUUAAUGAAUUAACAAAUGAGAGGAAACUUGACAUGCUCCACUCAGCUUUAAGCAUCUUUAAUCUCAUUGACUUUCAACUUGCUGCUGCAAAUGAAGUGAUCAAUCAAGUCGCUUUCACACAAUAAAUUUGUUGA